CUUUACCAAAAAAUAGACAUAUUGAAUGGAAAUAGAAUCCAUACAUACACAUGGAUAUAUGGACGCAACGCAUUAUGACUAAGUCUUUGUACAACCAGAGAAUCUUGCUUGCUCUGAUGAUGUUUAAAUCAUGAAUGACUUAUCAUUGAUUUUGAUUUAUGACGCGUUGUGAUGAUGUUUAAGUUUAAGUCAUGAGUCAGUUUUCAUUUUCGUUGCAAAUGUAACGACUAGAAAUUAUCUAUUUUCUUAGUUUAUAAAAAUAUGAGGAAUCAACUCUUAUAAACAUAUAUCUACUAAGAUGUUGAUAGGAUAAUAUAGAGUACAACAAAUUAUAACAAUGUUUACUUUGCAUAUAUAUAUUUUUUAUAGCCAUGGUAUGAUCCCAAAAAAUUUCUAGACCCAAAAAUUAAUCACCACGAGAUCCAUAGAAAUUCGAUUUUUCUUGUUAUUUAAAGUGUCUAUGGGUGACCAAGAGAAAUCGAAUCCAAAGCGGUACUUUACAUAUAUCUCAUCAACUAUUUACUAUAUUUCUAUCUCUUUCAAUCCUACAACAUAUUAUGUUUAAUUAACUGGGACCAAAAUUGUUUUAUUUAUUUAUAAAGUUUAUGGUGAAAGUGAAAUUUCCUUAAUUUUAGAGUUUUUAGGUGAUUUAGUAAAUGAGCAAGAUUUGUUUCUGAAAAAAUUCAUUCUUAUUCUAAUAGAUGGAUCUUCCAACCAUGUUGGCACCAAAUAUCAUUGACAUAUAUUUUUGUAAGAUUUAUGUACCUUUACUUUUAUAUGAAACUAUAUACAUAUAUAUUGAGAGAUAACUAAUAUUUUCACAUAUUUCUAGUAUACAAUAUUCGUGAUCUUUUACUAUAACUAUAACUAUUUUAUAUUUCUAUUUUUUUAACUGCACUUUACAUUCAUGUAUCUCCCAAAAUGAGACAACAGUUUACAAUACAGUUUUGAGGAACAUCUAGUAAGACUUUCAAUUAGAUAUUUUUACUUAUAUAUAUAUAUAUAUAUAUAUAUUAUUUAUUACAUUUAGCUAAUAUUAGGUUUACUUCCUAAGAAAUUAAUAACGUAACAUACGUUUAAAUGUUCUUUUGUAAGAGAGUGUAUUUCAUUCAUUGGAAAGAAAUAAUGUUCUUUUAUGGUUUUUAUAGACUUAUUGUCUAUCAAAUUAAUUUUAUUUAUGGUUUGAUUUACUUUUUAUUGGUCUUUAUAUAUUUUAAAUGAAUUUAAACUAUAUAUACUUGUUUUUUUUUGUCAAAAACUAUAUAUACUUGUUACUUUUAGAAUUUGUUGUUAGUUUGGUAAGCUUAUUUUUAACCAGGAAACUUAUAUAAGUUUUCAAUGAUUUUUAUAUGUAGACUUAUUUAUAUUGCUUGCAGUUUAUUUUCAAAAGAUACCAUAUAUAUUUUAGAAAAUAGUUAACAUUUUCAUUUAUAUUUAUUUUUUUACAAUUAAUAUUUAUAUCGUGUAAUUUCUGUGAUUUAUGAUUUUAUGGAUUUAUCGAUACUAUCUUAGUUUAUAUGAUUGAUUUAGAUUUUGAUGGGGGAAUUGCAUAAUAAUAUAAAUAGUCUUUUCCUUAGUAAAAUUAAAUCUUAGAUUAUUGACAAAAACUUAUAAUUUGGACACUGAAUUAUAUUUAACAAGACUAUUAAAUCAUUUAGAUUAUUUUAUUUUACAAUACCAAAGGUUGAUUAAUGUUUUUUUCAUAUAUGAAAAGGGUUAUUAAUGUUACUUCUUACAAGUUAUUAUAUAUACUAAUCCAAUUAUGUCCAAAAAUUGUUUUCAAAUGCUUAAGAUGCACUAAUAGUUCAAUAUUAGUCGCAACCCUCCUAUGCAAUGAUGCUUAAUAAGAUCAUGUUUUUCCUAAUUCUCGGUAUGGUCAUACCAAUUGUAGUCGGAACUUUUCCAGGAAAGAGCAAACCUUCCGAUCUCCAUGAGCAGGAAAUCGAACUACGGUUGAAACAACUCAACAAACCGGCCAUUAAAUCCAUCCAUAGUCCAGAUGGAGAUAUAAUUGAUUGUGUAUGGAUCUACGACCAACCAGCUUUUGAUCAUCCUUUAUUCAAAAACCACACCAUUCAGAGGAGGCCAAGAAGUAACUCGAUAAGGGACAAAACAGGAGGUAAUAAGACAUACAUUAUACACCAAUUGUGGCGAACAAAAGGUGAAUGUCCUGAGAACACUAUUCCCAUCAGAAGAACAACAAGAGAUGAUCUUAUCAGAUCAGGUUCCAUCAAAAACUAUGGAAGAAAGAGUCCACCACCAACUAUUUAUCAUACUGAGGGUGCUCAGACCGAGGAAGUUCAUGAGCAUACGUGUGUGUACGUGGACUAUGGUCAGUUCCAUGGCAGCAAGAGCCGUAUAAGUAUAUGGAAACCAAAUGUUCUAAGGACAAGAGAGUUUAGUUUGGCUCAAACAUGGGUUGUUAAUGGAGAUUGGGACACUGGUUUGAACACUUUGGAGUCUGGUUGGCAGAUCUUGCAUGCUUUGUAUGGUGACAAAAACCCAAGACUUUUCGCUUAUUGGACGGGCGAUACAUACCGAGAAACCGGAUGUUACAAUCUUGACUGUCCAGGCUUUGUUCAAGUAAGCAGACACAUCUCCCUUGGUGCAGCUCUCAACACUUUCUCAACUUACAACGGUGAACAAUACGACUUCCUUCUAACCAUUGAGAAGGAUCAAGAAACUGGACUUUGGUGGUUGAAGUUUGAGACAUAUCUAAUCGGAUACUGGCCAAGCUUUAUAGUCCCCAAGCUAGCAGCCUCGGCACGAAAGAUCGCAUGGGGAGGUGAGAUUGUGUAUUACACUAGUGGCCGGGGGACACAUACGCUUACGCAAAUGGGGAGUGGCCAUUUUGCAGAGAAAGGGUUUAGGAAGGCUGCUUACUUCAAUAGCUUAGAGUACAUAGAUACUUCUAACUAUCCGAUUACACCCUCUCCACAAAAUCUUGAAGCUACUGUGACUCGGCCUGAAUGCUAUAACCUUCAAGUUGGCUCUAGCCAGAGGUGGGGAACUUACUUUUUCUAUGGUGGACCUGGUCGCAAUCCUCAUUGUCCAUGAGCCUAGAUUAAGCCAAAACUAAAAUGUCUUAUAUAAAUGUCAAAAAUAUAUAAAAUAAAUUCGAUUAGCAAAAAAAACCUGCAAGAGACAUAAAUUAAAGAUUGACACUUUCCGCAUCAGAAUCCAAAACCAACUAACCAGAACGAUAAGUUUGAUCCAAUUCGAGAUAGAGAUCACAACACCUACAUAUGGAAGGGUUUUGGAUUCAUAAAGAUCGAAACUUUACAGUAAUGAAGUUGUUCCAAGUCUUAGAUAAAACACAAACACACGAAACUUAAAAGAGUUUGCCUGUUGAAGGGUUUUGGGUCUUUUGCACGUCUCUGGUUGCAUAAGCAGCAGGGGCGAGAGGCUCCUGUUUUCUUGCUCUUGGCUUCGCUUUCCUCCAUUUUUACUACUAGUGGCCGUUGUGGAACUCGGAGUGAUAGAGAAACGGCCGCGUUAUGUACAUACAUGGGCGUUUAAGUGCCUUGAGAACUCAUUCUCUCUUUAGUUUGUAUAACAAUUAUUAAAAAAUUAAAUUUAAUAUAUUUAAAAUUUUUUGGAUCUGAAUUCAGAUAUCAAAACUUGAAAAUCAAUAUAUAUAUGUAUAUAUACAUAAUACAUAUAUUAAGAACUCUAAUAAAAAAAAACCCACAUUAGAGAUGGUCUAAAAUUUUAGUAUCCGGAUCCAGAAUCUUUCAGUUUGAAUAUCCAGAAUUUUCAGAAUCGGAUAGGCAUAUUAAAUAAUAAUUUUACCCUUAUUGUAAAUUACUUGUAAAUUUUUUAUUCGGUUUGAUUACGUUUUAAGUUUAGUCAAAACUAUAAUUAAAAUCCCACAAAAAUUUUGUUCUACAAACCAAUUUUUUUGGUUAAAUCUAUACAAUAAUUAGAAACUUUACAAGUGACACAAAAAUAUAGAAUUUGACCAAAAAAAAAAAAAAAAAAAAGACACAAAAA